AUGCCGUCGCUCGAGACGACCGUUCACCCACGGCAGCUCAUGCCUAAUGGGUACGGAUAUCUCAAGAAAGGCGACCCGUUCAUGACGGCCCUCUGCCGCCGCAAAACGCAUGCAUCUAGGAAGGCUCUAUACGUCGUUGCUGUCGGCGGGAGGACCCUCGGCCUUCGAGCCCCAAUUUCCAUUCUCGCGGCUGUCCACAAGGAGGAGCGUCAGAGCAGGGCCAGGAGACAUGCCGAGCUUCGGAGACGCGACGGCAUCGUGGAAGACGAGUUCAGGGCGGCGAUUACGAGGCUAUUCCCCAGAGUACCUCGCGCAGAUGUCGCUGACAUCCUCAAGCGAGCGUUGCGGAAACACAGUGGGCGCGUUGGAAGGACGGGCAAGCUGUCCCUCGACGAAAAGGUUCGCCUCGCCGUGACAGCACACAUCCGGCACUGCCACACAGCGUACGACACUGUCAUCAAGGGCGGGGACAGAGCCAGCGCAAGACAGGCCGUCUCUGGGGAUAUCUCGGCAAUCAUGCGAGAUUGGGGGUGGCAGAACGACGGCAGGCUCGGCUCGAAACGGGGACACAGUGGACGCCUCGGGCGGAACAUCGACGACGGCGGCAAGCCAGGACCAAGGAGACUUGAACCGGCAAAUGGAAAGAAGGUGGGGACUACGAAGCAGGCUGGACGACCGACUUCUCAAACCCGACCUCCCCAUCUGCCUCGCGAGAACACUGCUGGCCGUCGCGUACUUGGGACGACGGGGGGGGAGAACAAGCGGCGAGGAUUGAGCAUAGAUGAUGCUAUCGAGAUCGACGACUCGAUCGAGGAGUCGGAUACCAACUCAUGGGACGGGGACGAGGACGAAGCCGACGACGGUGACUCGGAUAGUGACUCGGAUAGUGAAUGGGUUGAACCAGAGGAGGAUGCAGAGCAUGGUGUAGAGGGAGGUGUAGAGGAGGAUGCGGACGAGGAUGCAGAUGAUCUUUGGUAG